UUUUAAAAAAACAUAUGAUUUCUCUAUUAUUUUAUUUUAUUUCAUAUAUUAUUUUUUUUGCAAAAAUGUCAUCAUCAUAAUUUGGUUUUCUCAGAAUUCCUAUCCAGAAAGAUAUUUGCUCUGAAAUGAAAUGAAAAUAUUGAUUUUGGGGGCGCAAAAUUUAGAGAAAUAUCAAAAUAAAAGAGAUAUGGAAUAUUAGGAUUCUAAAAAAUUGUAUCUCACCUGUUUAUAAGACGCUAUAAAUAUGACGGAAUUAUUUUCUCGCUUCGUAGCCUAUGUCAAAGAUCUAGGGUCUGAACCCAUAUCUGAUCACGUUCUUUCAGCUUAUCCUAGUCAAGCUUCUUCCUCUAUUGUAAUUCCAUUGAACCAAAAAAAGUUAGGACAAAUUGUGCCGCAGGGCCAAUCCAAUUCCAACAAAAUGUCGUUCGAAAAUGAUCACAAUAAUAAUGAUAUAUGGGCCAAUAUUGAUUACCAAUUCGAACUCCAAAACAUUGACAGCGAAUCAAAUUCGACUGAUAAUCAUGCCUCCGUUCCUCAUUAUAUAAAGUGCGACUUUUUAAACAACGACCCAAAAAACGAUAUAAAUUUAAGUGCCAGCAAUGAUCCAUAUAAUUAUUAUUACAACGUCGCGAAAUCUACUUCAUCACCAUUUAAUGACAACCCGCGAAAAUGGAUUCACACCGAAUCCCAAAACCAAUAUCGCUUAGACGCCAAUAACCGAUUGAAAGCGAAAACAUCAGCUCAGAUUUCGUGUAAAAAUAUCGCUAAAAAUGAAUCUACUGCUCCUAUCCCGAGAAUCAUUGAUGAUUACAAUAAAGGACUAGCGCGGGUCCCCUUUGGUGACGAGAAAUUUAAAAAAGGGCCUACCAUAUUUUCCGACAGCGCUUCAAAUAAUCGUCCUCACAAACUCAAAAACAAAACCACCAUGUCUGACCAAACGUUAUCUAUCGAUAAUAAUACCAAACCCAGAUCGGAUGAACUAUAUCCGCGUGGAAAACCAUUGGAUAAAUUUUACAAACCCCAUUUCCGUCCUAUUAAAUCUAUUGCUAGACCGGACGGAGAGGAACUUUAUUUUCCCCAUCUGUUUCUCAAAGAAGCUGCCGCUCAAAAAUGUAAAGCAAAUUAUUGCGACGAUUUCGAGGACGCCUACUAUGAAGAAGCCAAAAGAACAUACCUUAGACCGCCACCUAAUAGAAAUGUGAAAACAUCGAAUUACUGGGGCAACUACAAUAGUGCAAGACAAAUGUCAGUCUCUGAUUGGUCAGGACCAGAUUAUGUUCAUGGAUGUGAAAUAAGUGUGGUCCCUAUUGCUCACGCGUCUUAAAUCGAAAGGAUUUUUUUAAAUAUAGAAAUUAGAUAUUAAUGUGAAAUCUUUCUAUUGAUUCGUAAAAAUAUAUAUACUAUUUGAAUAAGCAAUGUCUUAUCUAUGUUUAAAUAAUUCGAUUAUACACACCUAAUAUUGUUCAAUAAUUUUAACCCCCCCCCCUUCCUUCCCAUCACAACUAUAAACACUAAUUAUUAAAAUUUUAAUUAAUACUAAUCGCAGUAAAAAAAGGGUUCAAAUUAUAUAGACUAGAAAAAAACAAGGUUAGACGUUAAUAGUUCGAAUAAUAUUUUGUUUUUUUUUAUAAAAUUCACCAAAGAGUUCAAACAUUGAUUAUAAUAAAACAUAUAUAUAUAUAUUUUUAAAAAAAUGAUUCCUAAUACUUAAAUUUGUUUUUAACCAUUUUGUUUUCCAGAUAAUAAACUAAGUAAAAUUUAUCAUUUUUCAUAGUACAUCAAACUCCAUUGUUUUAAAAUAAAGCAUAUAUUUUUAUUUCUGAAACCUAAGCAUUUAAAUGAUACAUUAUUAUUUAUAUUACUUAUAAUAUUUAUACCUUUUGUAUUUUUUUGAAGGUAUUAAUUACGUCAUUUACGGUCAUGAUUAAAACAGACUGAAAAUUUAUACUUUUUCUCUUAGGUUUUUAUUAUUAUUCAUUUUGAUAUAGAAAAUUAGGUUAUUUGAUAAUGUAAUUUUGUUUGUCCAAAAUUUUAUAAAGUAUUAUUUUCGAAAUUUGUUCCCGCUAAACUUUUCCAUCAUUUAUAUUUCCCCAAAACAACAUUGUGAUUUGAAUAAGAGAAGAAAAAUUUUGUUAUGCUCAAUAUUUUAAAUAAUUAUUAUUUAUAUUUUCAUAUUGAUGAUAAAAAAAGAAGAAUAUUUAUGAAUGAAUGACAUUCUAAACUUUCGUUAGUUAAAAAAUAAGUCACAUUAAUGUAUUUAAUAUAAAUUAAUAAUAAUAAAAAAUUUACCCAAUGCAUAAAAUAAUUCACAAUAUAUUA